UACCAAACUUGACUGCAAUGUCCAAACUCGAGGUUUUAUCAGCUGUGUGGAAUACAUUCAAGACGGAGGGCGGGUAAUAUUCACAGCGCUUUCGACUUCAGGCUGUUUCUUAUAGGACGAAAAUCUUCUGGGCUUACUUGUAUACGGUAGUCUUAAUUAGUAAACAGCGACGGUAUUCUCGUAACGACACAAUAGCGGACCGCUCAUCAGUAAACAUACUUUCUGCCGCGGUGGGUUUUUGUGUUGUAGUCAGCGCUCAGUAUCGCGUGGAAUCCAAAUUACUCAUGAUCCGAUAAGAGUUCGCGACGCGCUCGAUUCUACACGCGGAUGAGACGUUGUUGCGAAUUCCAUCCGGUCUGUAAAACAAACUGAACUGCCGGCUCGUUUAUGUUAACUGUUACUUUGUUGAGGGGGCGAACCGGUCUCGGCUGCUCUCCCUUUGUUUGGGCCCAGGACUCGGCUGAAUCCACUGGAUCUCCGUCUCAAACGUCUCAUUCGACCGCGAACGCUAUAUUAGGAUGGCUCCACAAAAGCACGGAUCUGGUGGAAAUGGUUUUUACGCCAACAGCACGAGUAAAGCGGCUAAUGGAGGAGCUCACGUAUCGUCCGGUGUUGUGAUGACUUCAGUCAAGCGACCCAAGAUGGAGCAGGUCCAAGCCGACCACGAACUCUUCCUGCAAGCCUUCGAGAAACCAACUCAAAUAUAUCGAUUUCUUCGCACAAGGAAUCUCAUAGCACCAAUCUUCCUGCACAGAUCUCUUACCUAUAUGUCACACAGAAAUUCAAGAACAAAUUCAAAAAGAAAAUACUUUGGUGUGAAUGACCUGCUUUUCAAAGUAGAGAAGUCGAAAGUGGAUCAGGAAUCUCACAACAUGGCGUCAAACCUGCAGCUCACUUUUACUGGAUUCUUUCAUAAAACUGAGAAGCCAUUGCAGAACUCAGAGAAUGAAGAAAACUCAGUGUCUGUGGAAAUGCUGCUUGUCAAGGUCUGCCACAAGAAGAGAAAGGAUGUAAGUUGUCCAGUAAAGCAAGUGCCUACAGGUAAAAAGCAGGUGCCUCUGAACCCAGACAGCAGUCAGACCAAGCUGGGAGCUUUCCCCACACUGAUAGUGCCCAGCCAUGAGUUUGAACCCAGUAACAGCCACAUGGUGAAGUCCUACUCCCUUCUGUUCAGAGUGUCUCGUCCAAGGGGGAGAGAACUCAACGGCAUGACCACCAGAGAUAGCAAUGUUAUGGAAGAGCUGUCUAACAGGAAGAAGAGAUACUGCUCUAAUCAGGAUGACGGAGAAACUACAUUUGUGGCACAAAUGACAGUUUUUGAUAAAAAUAGACGCCUCCAACUUUUGGAUGGCGAGUAUGAAGUCUCCAUGCAGGAGAUGGAGGAGAGUCCUGUAGGCAAGAAAAGGGCAACAUGGGAAACCAUACUAGAUGGGAAGUGGCUUCCACCCUUCGAGACCUUUUCUCAGGGACCCACGCUGCAGUUCACUUUGCGAUGGACUAAUGACACAGCUGACAGGGGAACAGCACCAGUGACCAAACCGCUUGCCACACGCAAUUCUGAAUCCAGCACAGUAGACGGCAGCAAGCCUAGCAAUGUAAAGCCUCCACAGGCAGUAGCUCUUAAUGAUUCAGUUGGCGCUGGUCUACCAGUAAGAAGAGAACAAACUCAUGUCGAACCUCGUCAGAAACUACGUGUUUAUUAUCAGUUCCUAUACAACAAUAACACACAGCAGCAGACGGAAGCCAGAGAUGACCUGCACUGUCCCUGGUGCACGUUGAACUGCCGUAAGCUUUACAGCCUCCUCAAGCACCUCAAGCUCUCUCACAGCCGCUUCAUCUUCAACUAUGUGCCUCAUCCUAAAGGAGCCAGGAUAGAUGUGUCGAUUAAUGAAUGCUAUGACGGCUCUUACGUGGGCAACCCUCAGGACAUCCACUGCCAGCCUGGCUUUGCCUUCAGCCGUAAUGGCCCAGUGAAGAGGACUCCAGUUACACACUUCCUUGUCUGCAGGCCCAAGCGCUCAAAGCCCAGCCUCUCAGAGUUCCUGGAGCCCGAGGAUGGAGAACAGGAGCAGCAGCGGACGUACAUCAGCGGCCACAACCGCCUGUACUUCCACAGCGACAGCUGCAUGCCGCUUAGACCACAGGAAAUGGAUGUGGACAGUGAGGACGAGAGGGAUCCGGCAUGGCUCAGGGAGAAAACCGUUAUGCAAAUCGAUGAAUUCACGGAUGUCAAUGAGGGAGAGAAAGAGGUCAUGAAAAUGUGGAACCUGCAUGUAAUGAAACAUGGAUUCAUAGCUGACACCCAAAUGAAUCAGGCCUGCAUGUUGUUUGUGGAACAGCAUGGCACCACCAUCAUUGAGAAGAAUCUGUGCCGGAACGUUCUGCUCCAUCUGGUCAGCAUGCACGACUUUGGCUUAGUAAAUACAGGGAACAUAGAUAAGGCCAUGGCUCAGCUGAGAGAUCUGAAACGGCAAAGAGAUGGCCAGGAGCAAUCCAAAACGCAAGACGAUGCUGAUGGCGGAUCCAGCGGCGAUGGUGAAGCCAGUGUUUCAAAUUUCGUCAAGACCAAGAAUCACUGAAACGCCUCCUCACACUCUGCGUUGAAUUGAGUGUCAGCGGGCAUCAGACGCCCCCUGGAUCUGAGAGCCACCAUAUUCUGCUCGCUCACGGGGUUAAAGUUGAUGCCGAGUUAGAAGCGAGCUAUGUGGUUUGACGGCCACAUACUCUGCAGAUCAUGAUUUUGGCCUGAGGUCAUCUGAAUUCAGAGCAACUCUUUACUAGAUUCGAAUUACUUGAAGAUGCCAUUAGUCUUUAUGAUGGACUGUACAAGCAGGUCAGAUUUUUCUCCACCCACAUAACCCUGUAGCUCUAGCAAAUUUAUAGCACUUGUUUUAGGUGCCUGUUUUUAAAAGGACUAUGAGAAGAUUUUUUUAAUAUAUUUUGAAUAUUGAUGGAUGGAAAUGGCUCCU